CUGAUGCGAAUUACUUGUUAAUUUCUACAACCAAUAUAUUGGAACUUCAUAAUCUUUUCUGCAAUGUAAUAUCUUAAGGGAUGAGAUUUUCUGUUCUUUCUUCUAAAACUUGGCAGUAGAUUUCGGCUUCCUGCACAAUAAAAAAUUUUUUUGUAAGUUGUAGAUAAGAAGAUUAUUGGUUCAGAAGUGAGAAAAUGGUGAAGUUUCAAAAGCAGCUAGAAGCCCAGCUUGUUGCAGAGUGGAGAAAUGCUUAUGUGAAUUACAAGCAGCUUAAGAAGGACAUCAAACAAAUAAGACAUCAUAUUGCAAGCAGAGAACAACACCCUGUCACCAACACAGCUGCAUUCAAUAAACAUUCCCCUUCUUCUUCUCUGAUUAUACAUCAUUGUAAGGCAGACAAAAACGGUGGCGGUGGAAAGGAGAUGGUGUAUGAAACGGAGUUGGUUUGUGGGCAAGUUCAAUGGACAGAGUAUGAUCGAGUUUUCUUUUCUAGGCUGGAUUCUCAGCUUAACAUGGUCGACAAGUUUUACAGAGCCAAAGAAAAAGAAUACCUUGUUAGAGGGAAACAGCUCCAAGUACAGCUGGAGACUCUCAUAGACACAAAACGAGCCCUUGCCACGGGUAAAGUAUAUGACCGUUCAAGUGAUCAAGAGAUUGAUAUAGAAGAUGGAGAGAGUGAUGGUGGUUACAGAGGUAAAGGCAGCAAAAACAAUGACGCAUUUGGUGUGAGCAGACCCAAAGUUGGUCAUGCAGAAAAGAUGUUACGUGCAGCCUUUACCGAAUAUUAUAAAGCCCUCACUCUCCUGCAGAAUUACAGCUCCUUAAACACUCUCGCUUUUGCAAAGAUACUAAAGAAGUAUGAUAAGGUUACAGGAAAGAGUGUGAUGGAUAUUUAUCUAAGAGAAGUGCAAUCUUCCUCUUUCUCAACAAGCUCUGACAAGGUGCUAAGCAUGUUAGAGAAGGUGGAGAAUCUGUUUACUACACACUUCUGCAAAAAUAACAAAAGACAAGCUAUGAACUCUUUGAGACCUUCUCCCCAUCAGAAUUCUAAUCGCAAAAUUUUUUCUUUAGGUCUUUUUACAGGUUGUUCUUGGGGUUUGAUUCUGGCACUUGUCCUUGCGGUUUGUCAACCUCACAUUGCGAGUUACGUGAUAAGCAAAAGCUUUAUAACGAGUGUACUUCCAAUCUUAAGCACAUCAAUCCUUAUACCUUUCCACAUUUACAUGUAUGGUCUUAAUGUCUACUUUUGGACGAGAACCCGCAUAAAUUAUGCAUUUAUUUUUGAGUUUGAACCUGGUACAGAACUGAGAAGCCUGGAAGUCGUGACUAUUAGCACUGGUCUAUUCACCAUUGCUGUUACCUCUAUUGUUGCACACCUCCUUUUGUUUCCAAUGGGAAAAAUAAUUCCCAUUACCAUUUUUAUGGUGAUUCUGUUGUUUGUAUUCCUUCCUUUUGAUAUUUGUUACAGAUCAGCUAGAUUUUACUUUAUCCAGUGUUUAUGGCGAAUUUUAUGUGCACCACUUUACAAGGUUGAAUUUGCUGACUUUUUUCUUGCUGAUCAGUUUACAAGCCAGAUCACAUCGUUUAGAUCUCUUGGGUACAUUUCUUCCUACCAUGCAAGUCACAUAUUUCACAGUAACCCGGACAAUUCAGUAUGCUCAAGCCCCUUCAUUCACUUCCAAUACAUCAUUGCAGUGCUGCCAUAUUGGUGGAGACUUAUGCAGUGUGUGAGGAGGUGGGUGGACGAGAAAGACCUUGCACAAAUUGCAAAUGGGGGAAAGUAUCUGUCUGCGCUUAUAGCAGUAUUGAUAAGACUUAAAUUUGAGACCAGUGGUACAAAUUUGUUUCUAGUACUGUUUAUGAUAUCUUCUAGCAUCGCAACUAUUUAUCAGUUUUAUUGGGAUGUUGUGAUGGAUUGGGGUCUACUUCAGCGCAAGUCUGUGAACCCUUGGCUUAGAGAUCAACUGAUCUUGAAGAAUAAGAGAACAUAUUUCAUUUCAAUGGUUGUGAAUGCAGUGCUUCGAUUAGCAUGGUUGUAUUCAAUUAUACACGUAGUCAUGCCCUGCGGACCCACUUAUCAGAAGUAUAUAGACUUCAUUCUUGGAAUGGCAGAAAUUGCUCGUCGAGGCUUGUGGAAUUUUUUCAGACUAGAGAAUGAGCACCUCAACAAUGUGGGCAAAUUCAGAGCAGUCAAAACUGUUCCAUUGCCAUUUAAAGACAGUGAUCAAGAUACAUAGUUAAGUUAUAUGGCAUAUGGAAGUAACUUAUUUUUAUGGUGCACAACAAUAAGUGGCGCAUACUACAAUCAAAUCCAGAAAAUUAUGUAUAUGUCCUAGUUUUAUAAACUUUUACCUGGUGGAAUUUAUAUUGUAACCAAUUUUUAUGCUGCCCAACAAUUUAUAGCAUGAUUCUUAUGUGGACUUAUGCUGCCCAACAAUUUAUAAGAUGAUUCUUAAGUGGCACAUAUUACAAUCAAAUUCAAGAAAAUAUGUAUACAUGUCCUAGUUUUAUUAUAUGAAUACUUUUACAAGGGUUAAUUUAUUUUGUCCA